AUGCUUUCUAUAACCUUUACCUGCCUCGCCCUUCUCUCUUUCCGCCUUGCAUUAGCACUCAACACUGAUUGUGCACCAGGCGGCAAUUUCGACCUCACAGGCUGGAACCUCCAACUCUCAACCGGCGACCCCGGCAAGCCAGACACCAUCCCAGGCUCUCAGCUAGCCGGCUGCAAAGGAUACCAAGACAAAUCGACCUUCUACACCGACAGUAAAGAUGGCGCCCUCGUCAUGAAAGUCAUCGGUUCCCCCGCGUCUACCGGCUGCGUAACCACCAAGAACAGCAAGCACUGCCGCACCGAACUGCGCGAGAUCAAGCCUUCAAGCUGGGAUCCUAACGCCAAAACCAACCGUCUCAACGCCACUAUCCAAGUAACCAAGGCCGACGACAGCAACUACGGAACAGUGAUCGGUCAAAUCCACAUCGAUGACAGUAUCUCCACCAAGCCCGUCUGCGAACUGUACUACAACAAAGCCGGCGUCAUUACUAUGGGCGUUGAAAAGACUCGCGCGGGUGGUUCUUCGAUCUACACGCAAGUCGGCAACGUCCCGGUCGGAACGAAAUUCGAUUACGCGAUUAUCUACGAGAAGAACGUGUUGGGUGUUACUAUCAAUGGGGGGAAAUUGAAGACGCUAAGUACGAAUGAAUUGGAUGCGCCGAAGAGUUAUUUUAAGGUGGGGAAUUACAAUCAGGGGGAUUCGGCUAGUGAGGUUAGGUUUUAUGCUAUUGAGACGAAGCAUUGA